AUGUUUGGAAUUAAUAGAAAUUAUAAAAUCAUCUUUAUGAUAAUUGCGAUAACAUAUGGUAUGGUUCUGCAAAUAUUGUCAAAUAUCACAGUGCCAGUAACGCAUCGUUUUUGGCUAUCUUCAUACCGAGGAAUUACAUUUGGGGUAUAUGGGUGGUGUGUAAGGACACCUCCUUCUAAUAAAUGGUUUUGUAGUGACAUUAAAUUAGGUUAUGAAACCAAUUCAACCGUAUGGGAUGAAUACAUUCAAAUCCCAUCAAACACCGAUAAAGCUGUUUCACGUUUAUUAGUUGUACACUCAAUAUCGGCAAUUAUUUCUAUUUUCAUGUUUAUUUUAUUUAUACCUAUCAAACAUUUCUACUAUUCCACAACUUAUAUUUUACUAUUAGGCAUUAUUUGUGUAUUUUGCUAUAUCUUUUCAUUAUUAAGUUUUUUGGUUGAUAUAUUAAUUUUCUUUUCCUCUUUAAGUUGGCUAGGUUGGAUUAAUCUAAGUUGUCCCAUUAUUUAUGCUAUUUGUUCGUCAAAUUUAUGGUUGAUGAGAAGAACAGCAAUAAUAAGGAAAUAUGAGAUGGAAAGUCGAAUGAGAGAUGAUGAACAUAAUAAAUUUUACAAUGUAGAAAUAUACUCAAUGGCGGAUAAUGUUAAGGAUAGUACAAAUAAGAACUCAGAUGAGAACGAUUAUUUUAAAAAUGAUGAUGGAAUUACUGUAGGGGUACCGCUAGUCAGACAUGAUACAGUUACACUAGAAAUGGAGUAA